UUCCAUCGAUAAACACUGCACAGAAACCAAGAAGAUUCAACAAUGGUGCUGCGGCUGCCCACACACCUUGCGACACCUGGCAACCACUGCCGGCGCCACUGCGAUGCCUUCUCUUCCCGCCGCGCGAUUGCGGCUUCCGACGCUCUUGUCUCUUGGCUUCCUUCACUCGCAUCUCCCUGCGCUUCAUCUUCCUCCAGGAGAUCUUGUUUUCUACCGGUUGUCAAAUGUACGGCUCAGCAAACUGGACCUGUGAAUCUGGCGCCGGGGACGCCGGUGAGGCCGACUAGCAUACUGGUGGUUGGUGCCACUGGAACCCUUGGUAGACAGAUCGUGAGGCGCGCGUUGGAUGAAGGCUACGAAGUUCGGUGUCUUGUGAGGCCUCGACCGGCUCCUGCUGAUUUUCUUCGCGAUUGGGGCGCCAUAGUCGUCAAUGCAGAUUUAAGUAAACCAGAAACCAUCCCUGCAACGCUGGUCGGCAUUCAUACUAUCAUAGACUGUGCUACAGGACGGCCGGAAGAGCCCAUUAAAACGGUAGAUUGGGAAGGAAAAGUUGCUCUGAUACAAUGUGCAAAGGCUAUGGGAAUCCAGAAAUAUAUUUUCUUCUCCAUCCACAAUUGUGACAAGCAUCCUGAAGUUCCACUUAUGGAGAUCAAGUAUUGCACUGAGAAGUUUCUCAAGGACGCAGGCCUAAAUCACAUCAUCAUUCGACUCUGUGGUUUCAUGCAAGGUCUCAUUGGGCAGUAUGCUGUACCUAUAUUAGAGGAGAAAUCUGUUUGGGGAACAGAUGCUCCAACAAGAAUUGCCUACAUGGACACCCAGGAUAUAGCCAGGUUGACAUUUAUUGCAUUGCGUAAUGAGAAUAUAAAUGGGAAACUUCUUACCUUUGCUGGCCCUCGUGCAUGGACAACUCAAGAGGUGAUAACAUUAUGUGAGAGGCUUGCUGGACAAGAUGCAAAUGUUACCACAGUCCCAGUUUCAGUGUUGAGAUUCACUCGUCAACUGACAAGAUUUUUUGAGUGGACAAAUGAUGUUGCUGAUAGGCUAGCAUUUUCAGAGGUUCUUACAAGCGACACUGUUUUUUCUGUUCCAAUGACAGAGACAUACGAUCUCCUCGGUGUAGAUGCAAAAGACAUAAUAACUUUAGAGAAAUAUCUGCAAGAUUACUUCACAAACAUUUUGAAGAAACUGAAGGAUCUCAAAGCACAAUCAAAGCAAUCUGACUUUUUUAUAUGAAGUCAGACCGAUUUGUAAUGUAAAUGAAGAUUUGUAUGUGUUUUAAAUCUUGAUACACCGUAACUUCUUGUGCAAGGUAUGCCAGUCAUUUGUUCCUUAUAUCUUUCCCUAACCCCUUGGCUGUUAGGAACCACGACUCUCCACAAUGGUAUGUAUUGUCCACUUUGAGCAUAAGCUCUCAUAGUUUUGCUUUUGGUUACUUCAAGAGGCCUCAUACCAAUAGAGAUGUAUUCUUUACUUAUAAACUCAUGAUCAUUCCCGAAAUUAGCCAAUGUGGAACUCCCUCCCAA